GCAGGUUAGCGAAGCUGUUAGCGCCACGUGUUGAAUGCAGGUUAGCGCCACAUGUUGAAUGCAGGGUGAUGGCAAGAUAUUGUUACAGCUGCCCAGAUUCUGACUUUUCUAAGAAUGUAAAAUGUCAAAAUGUUUAUGCAUAAGAAAAGGAAUUGCUAAGAAUGAGUCAACAAAAAGCUACAGCAAUAGUUAUCAACAGAAACUUUGUAUAGUUCAACACUUCAACCACUUGCUAUAAAAUAUGUACUCUGACUUUCAGCCCAGAAGACUAUUCUGAAAAAUGGAAAGUUGAAAUAUGAACCUGCAGGCAUUUGAGGCACCAGAUAAAGAAACAGCUGAUGUACCAUGAAGUUCAGCAAGAGAAAUAUGUUUUCCUGGAAAAAUGUUUUUCUCAUACUGUUUUGUUCUUGCUUUGGUUUUUGCAGUUCAAGAGAUACCAUUACAAUCAAUCAAACCUUGCAAGGAUCAGAAACUAUAUUCUCAGAGGGCAACAGGUUCAAGAUGGGAUUUUUCAGCCCUGGAAAUACUUCCAAGUAUUAUGUAGGAAUCAUGUACAACAACCCGUCAAAUGCUGUUGUAUGGGUUGCUAACAGAGACAAGCCUAUGAAUGACUCCAGAGGAACGAUCGCAAUCUCAGAAGACGGAAAUCUUGUGGUGUUGGAUGGACAGAAGACGAGAAUAUGGUAUUCAGAUGUUUCUGAACCUCUGUCGAAUACUACUACUGCUCAGCUCAUGGAUAAUGGGAAUUUGGUGUUGAAAGACGGGUCAACUGGAAGAAAAUUAUGGGAAAGUUUUAGCAAUCCUUCGGAUUGUCUUCUUCGAACAAUGAAACUUGGCACUAAAGCGUUGAGAUCAUGGAGAAGUCCCUCAGAACCAUUUCCAGGGAGUUUUUCAUUUGGUAUUCAACUUCUGAACAUUCCACAGGUUGUCAUAUGGAACAGCAGCGAGCUUUACUGGAGAUCUGGUCCAUGGAAUAAGCAGAUAUUCAUUGGAAUAUCUCAAAUGGGUUCCUACUAUAACAAUGGAUUCGAUUUCACUACUGAUAGUGAUGGCAACACAAGCCUAUCAUUUGACUACAAAAAUUAUCAGUCUGAAAAUCUUUACCUUCAUUUGGGUUCAAAUGGUUCUCUCUUGCAGACAUAUUGGGAUCAAGGGAAGGAACAGUGGGAGGUGACAUGGGAAAGCCAUUCAAGCGAGUGUGAUGAGUAUGGCAAGUGCGGGUCUUUUGGAAUCUGCAAUCCCGGUGAGUUGCAGCAGGUCUGUUCUUGUUUGCGAGGAUUUAAACCAAAACGGGAAGUUGAAUGGGGUAAUGGAAACUGGAGCAGUGGCUGCGUUCGAAAGGAAGAUCUUCAGUGUGACAGAAACAACUCGGAUGUUAAUAAGAGCAAGAAAGACGGGUUUUUGAAGUUGCAGAUGGUGAAAGUGCCAGAUUUUUCCACUUGGGUGCCUUCUAGUCAAGGCACUUGCGAAACUGACUGCUCGAGAAAUUGUUCCUGCCUCGCUUAUUCAUUCUAUCCCGGCAUUGGCUGUAUGCACUGGACAGGAAGUUUAAUUGACCUGCAGCAGUUUUCUAUGGGCGGAGCAGAUGUAUAUAUCCGUCUGGCAUAUUCUGAACUCGACUUGAAGAAAGAAAGCAAACACAAAAAAGUCAUUAUUGCAACUGCAGUGACUAUAGGCUUACUUGCCAUUGCUAUUUCUGCAUACUUUUGUUGGCGUUGUUUGGCUAAGCACAGAGGAAAGAAGAAGCAGAAGCGCGUUAUAUAUUUAGGUAAAACAUCUUCACCAAACAUGUCUGGAGAAGACACAACCCGAGCUAAGCUUGAGGAGCUACCGGUAUUUGACUUCGAGAUCAUAGCAAAUGCAACUGAAAAUUUUGAUCCACGCAACAAACUUGGGCAGGGCGGUUUUGGUCCUGUCUACAAGGGGAAGUUGGAAGAUGGACAGGAAAUUGCUGUAAAAAGACUUUCGAUAUACUCUGGUCAAGGGCAAGAAGAAUUUAUGAACGAGGUCGUGGUGAUUUCUAAACUCCAACACAGAAAUCUCGUUAGACUUCAUGGUUGCUGCAUAGAAGGAGGGGAGAAGAUGUUGGUUUAUGAAUUCAUGCCAAAUGGAAGCUUGGAUACUCUUCUCUUUGAUCCUCAGAAUGAAGAGUUUCUUGAUUGGAGCAAGCGCUUUAUGAUUAUUGAAGGAAUUGGUCGAGGCCUCCUUUAUUUGCAUAGAGAUUCAAGAUUGAAAAUUGUUCACAGAGAUCUCAAGGCAAGCAACAUUCUAUUGGACGAACAAUUGAAUCCCAAAAUUUCAGAUUUUGGCUUGGCGAGGAUUUUUGGAGGUAACCAGCAUCAAGCUAAUACACAAAGGGUUGUUGGCACAUACGGCUAUAUGGCACCGGAAUAUGCAAUGGACGGAAGAUUUUCAGAAAAGUCAGAUGUCUACAGUUUUGGAGUUCUAUUACUAGAAAUUGUUAGUGGAAGGAAGAAUUCUGGAUUUUACCAUGAUGAGUUUGCAAUAAGCCUUCCAGCACAUGCAUGGAAAAUGUGGAACGAAGAGAGGGCGGAAGAAGUGGUAGAUCCUAGAAUAUAUGAUCGGCGCUUCGAAAUGAACAUGAAACGAUGUGUACAUGUCGGGUUGUUGUGUGUUCAAGAAUAUCCAGAAGACAGGCCUAAUGUUUCCACUGUUCUAUCAAUGCUUAGCAGUGAAAUUGCAGAGCUUCCUGGGCCUAACCAACCUGCAUUUAUUGGAAGGAAGAGCUGCCCUGAUACAGACAGUUCUAAGCAAAGCAAUUUGUCUGUUAAUAGUACCACUAUUACUGUUAUUGAAGGGAGGUAAUUUUAUUCAUCUGUUAAUAGUACUACUUAAUGAUCAUGAAGAACAGUGAAGAUUUAUACAAAUUCUUUUAAGAAGGAACAAACUUUUAGAAUUUGGAUGAAAUGAUGAACAGCAGAGUAAUGGAGAACACAUUACUAUGUAGCAUUAUAUAGUUAAAAAAAAAAAAGACAGGGAUUAAGAAUUUGGUCUCUGGUACCUCAAAAGACACAAGCUCAACAUGAUGCUGCAUUUUCUACUGUUGUUCCUACAUUCUGAAUCACAAAUCCAUAUAUCUUCAUCUUCAAGUUCUCAAUCUUCUCCACCAACACUUCAUCUUUCUUGGAUAUGAGAUCCAACCAGCCGUUUACGCGCUUCAGCUGUGAAAGAAUGGCUGCAAUUGGGCCACCAGCUUGGGAGCAUUUCUGGAACACCUGAAAGCCAACAUUAAGUGACUCUUCGACGAACUUGAGGAACCAUAGCUCCAUCUCUGAGAGCAGCUUCUUUGCAAGCUCCAGAGUCUCAUUCAUUCCCUGGCCCCUUAUCCAGACAGAGGGAACCAUACUGUGAUUCUUGACAGAUGAUUUGGAAGGUUUCUUGGAUGGGUUCUUGUCGAGUGUGGAUGGAGGUUCGAAGUUCUGGUUUGUUAGGAGGGAGACGACUUCAAGAUCAGUGGCCAGGGCGGCUUCAACCCAGAGCGAAGACGGCUUGGAAUGAUCAAUGGAGAUGUUUUCUUGAGGUUUUGCUGUGGAGUGGGAAGUGGUGAUUGAUUCAACAACUGAGGUUGAUUUCAUGACAUCUUCAUAAACUGACAAGAAGCGGUCAAUUGUAGGCAAGGGGUUUUCAGGCUUUGAACUUGAAGAGAGAUCAGAAAACAUGCUGCAAAAUUGAAGUUCCAUUGUUAAUGAAGCUCAAACAUGCUGCUGCUAUAUGUAGAUCAGAAAGCCAUGGAUAAAGUGGUUACCUCAAACCCCUUACAAUGGACUCUGUGGCAAGAGCCUCCUCUAAAGCUUCAGCAGCAGCCAUGGAAGCAGCAACUCUCCUUCGCAUAGCCUCCUGCAAUAACAAUACCAUGACAUGCAUCAUUCAAACAGGAAAUUUGCAGCUCUACCAUGAUGCAGUCUUUUUUUUCUUCAUUUUUUUUUUGUGACUAAGAAAACCCGCAACAACUGCCUGGGUAAAUUUCACCUUAUGACCUUAACCAAUAAAUCUCAUCUUAACUCUAA